AUUUCUACACAAAAACAAAUGUUGCUACUAUGCUCAGCGUAGUCGAUUACCUAUAGUCCAUGACAUUUUGAGAUUCCCAGAGAUGUCUGCUCGGAGAUAGACACGUGCCCGGGGAAAGCAAGCCCUGCCCGAACGACGAUAGCUAGAGAGCCGGGAUUUGCAUAAUUUUGUAGAGUAACGUCCGAACUAUCUACGCAUGCAAAAAAUUACUAACAUUGUAUGUUAGUUUUCUGAGAACGGAGCUGGUUUUUCAAAGAUCCUCUGAAAAUCCGAUCUCUGGAAUUUUUUCAAAAGUUGCUUCCGCUUGUGAAAAGUUCUGCUCAAGUCUUGGCUAUUGAACAGCGAAAAUCGCAAGUCUGUAUCUCAUUCCUAUCAAAAGUUAUUCAAAAAAUGCCCCAGGUCUUGUAUUUUGGGAUGGAUAGUAGAAAUAUUUUUAAAAAUACGAUCAGUCUCUUUUUCAGUGCAAUAUUUACGAACAGAUGGAAUCCUGAAAAAAUUUCAUGGUCAACAUUUCUUAAAAGUUUGACUGCAAUCGAUCGUAUGAUUACUAAGAUAGAUUUGUGACUGAAGAAAUCUUAAAAUAGUUGACAAUUUGAUAAGUGUUCUUGUGUCUAGGGAUAUCCGCCUACCUCUGGUGCUAUAGCGUGGGCUCGUUUUUUACUGACACGAAUCAAAUUACCAAUGAUAAAAUUUCGUUCAGUUGAUCAAUUACUUCAAUCAGAAGUUGGCUUAGAUGUAAAACGAUGUUUCAUUGAACUUGGCAAUAUGAUAAAUCAGUAUGAACAAACAUUGUACGAUAGAUGGAUUGAAAUGGUUGUAAAAAAUUUACCGUUAUAUUUAAAACAAAGUUUAUUGAUUGAUGCUGAAGAGCGACCUGAUUUGUUCAUGUCAAAUGCCACUUCUCCACCACUGAAUGGACAAGGCGAUGGACAAUUAAAUAUUAAUAUUCGUUUAGAUGGACCAUCGUAUAAACUUCCAUUAUAUAUCACAAGUAAAAAUAAAUAUGUAGAUAAUAUUUCAUCAACACUUCAAAUGAAAUAUGUUCAAAAACAACAAAAUCAACGUUCAAUAGCAACAAAACUAAGUACAGGCACAGAAAAAUGUAACAUUUAUCAAUAUGUUUUGGAUCCGACGAGUACAGGACAAAAAAUUGAAAUCAAAUAUUUAGUUUGUUAUGAUCCAGACUUAAAAGAAUCAUUGACAGAAUGCAAGUAUUUAGAAACACUCGGUUAUGAAUUACCCGACAUAGUACAACAAACAACGUUACAACAUUCAAAAUUUGAAAAUCUAUCAAAUCAAUUACGAAUUAUGUUAGAAGAUUAUCAUCUACUACUGGCAUCGUUAGAUACCACUGAAGUAUCACUACUAGAAACACAUUUAGAUCAGUUACAAACGGCACUGAAACCAGGUGCAUCGCGAAUAUCUUGGGGCGAAGUGAGCGCAUCCGAAUAUGUACAAUUGUGUCAGACACAUUUAAAUCGUUUACAUUCAUUAUUAAAUCAAAUACGUAAGAACUCAGCUGAUAUUCAAGAACAUUUACAAAGCUUUCGAACAUGUGCUAUUGAUCCUGUUGUACCACGUCAUGAUGAUGGUACAUUGUAUAAUUGUCGAGAUUACUUUGAGUUUAUUGAAUCAAAACGUAAGGAAAUAAUUAAUGGUUUAAAAAGGCGAUAUGAGUUAAUUGGACCGUUAAUUACAAAAGUUGAAGCUUUAGUAUUUAAUACGAGCACGGGACGUCAUAAAAAUAUGCGAUCAUUCUAUGCCUAUUGGGAACAAGAAAUAUUUCAUGCUUUAGUCGAAUUAGUUGUGAAAAAUCUUUGUCAAUUUAAUGAGUCAAUACAUGGAAUUCCAUUAUUUAUUGUCAAUGUAAUAUUAGCACAGUCAAGAAUUAAAUUACAACCACCAAUGGAAGAAAUAUCAAAUUAUAUUCAACGAAGUGCACACGGUCUACGAGAAUUACCAAAACAUUUUAGUCGAUGGCUUCAUGGAACAUGUACUCCAUGUCCAUUACCCCUAUGGAUUGAUAAUGAUCAUGAACAUGAAAUACCAGAUUUCACAUUCAAUAAUGAUGUUCAACAUCAUCCUGAUGUUACUCAUAUGUAUAAACCAAGAGCUUAUAUUGGACGAAUUGCUGAUGCUAUUAAUCGAACACUUCUUCAAUGGUUAUCCUACAAUGAAUUAUGGAGAAUUGAUAAAGUCCUUCAUACAAACAGAUUUGCUAUAAAAAAUCGUACAUAUGCUGAAUAUGACGAUAUUAUGAGCAUAUUUUCAAAAAUCGAUCAAAAAUUAGAUCGUCAUCUUGUUAAUAAAAAUAUUUAUUGUAUUGAAUUAUCAUUUAAACAAUUUCGUCAAGGUCUUCAACAACAUUGCAAUGAUUGGAUUAAAUUAUAUGGUCAACGUUUAUACGCAAAAGUAUCACAAAUGUUAAAAGAUAUUGAUGAUACUAUACAAAAUUUAUCUAAAGGUCUUGAUCAUGAUGCCGAUACCGUACCGGAUUUAAAAUUUGUAUUAUAUAUUAUUUCUCAAAUAAAUCAACGUCAAGAAGAAUUGGAUCAUAAUAUUGAUGAGAUAGAACAAAGUUAUAGAGUAUUACACAUGUACAAUUAUGACUAUUCUCAAACAGAAUGGAAUCUUUUAUUUGAAUUAAAAACUAAAUUAAAACAAUUAAUUCAACGUUCUUGUCUAGUUCAACAUCGUCUUAAACCGAUUGCCAAUCGUUUUCGUAAUAUAAUAAAUUAUGAUAUUCAAUUAUUUGAACAUGUUAUAAAUGAUUUUGUUCAAAAAUUUGAUAAACAAGGACCAAAUACAAUUGUCAAUGAUUUAGAGAAAAGUCUAAUAGUUAUGAGAGAAUUUCAAGAUGAUUUAAAACGAAUUGAACAACGAAAAAUUGAAAUGAUAAAUGUAAUGAAAUUAUUUAAUAUUCAUAUUACUAAUUAUCCACAUUUAGCAAGAGUAAUUAAAGAUAUGCAAAGUUUACAAAUGUUGUUUAGUCUCUAUGAAGAUUUUAAAAGAAAUUAUUUAUUAUGGUCAAAUAUAUUGUGGAAUGAUUUAGAUAUAAAUGAUUUAAUCACGAAUGUUGAUCAAUUUCUAAAAAUAUAUAGACAAUUACCGAGAGAUGUUAAACAGCAAGUCAUUGGAAAAACAAUUAAAAAUUAUUUACAAGAUUUCAAGAGUUCAUUACCCAUAAUCAGUGAUUUAAAAAACAAUGCAUUACACGAGCGACACUGGAAACAGUUAAUUCAAGAAACCGGUAUUGAUAUUAAUCUUACAGACAAUGUUCUAACAUUAGGAAAUUUAUUUCAAAUGAAUUUAUAUCUAUAUAAUGAGACAAUACAAGCCAUUUUACAAACAGCUAUUAAAGAAUUACAAAUCGAAAAAAAUUUGAAAGAUAUUCAACAACAAUGGAAUACAAUGAAAUUUGUCUUACAUAAACAUUUUCGAUUUAGUACGGGUGGCGGACAACAAGAAAGAGGAUUUAUUAUAUCAGGAGUCGACGAUAUAUUACAAGCACUAGAUGAUUCUAGUUUACUUUUGAAUGGUAUUACUACGUCUCGUUUUGUUGGUGUUUACCUUCAAACAGUCGAACAAUGGAUUAAAAUGUUCUCGCUUAUAUCCGAUGUAAUAAAAUUGUGGAUAAUUGUUCAACAAAAAUGGAUAUAUCUUGAAAAUAUAUUUUUGGGUAUGAAUGUUCAAUUGGGAGAUGAAACAAAACGUUUUGAUACAGCUGAUAAAUUAUAUCGAAAAAUCAUGAAUGAAACAUCACGAAAUGCAUUGGUCAAAGAUGCGUGUACAAAUAUCGGACGAUAUAAUGAUUUAAAGUCAAUAUUAAACAUAUUAGAAAAAUGUCAGAAGAGUUUAAAUGAAUAUUUGGAUACGAAAAGAAAUGCAUUUCCAAGAUUUUAUUUUAUAUCCGACGAUGAACUUUUAUCCAUUCUUGGUUCAACUGAUCCAAAAACCAUUACACCCUAUUUACAAAAAAUAUUUGAUAAUAUUGGUGCAUUGAAAUUUGUUCGACAUGAGAAAACUGCUACGCUAAAAGAAGACAAUGAGAUUGGAUCAGAUGAAAAAUCAGUUGUGCAUAGUAUAUUACCAUCGUCAUCAAAAGCAAUGUUACCAUUGACAUCCACUAUAGAACUGACAAAAAAUGUGAAUCACAAUGCAACAAUGGCAGUACAUCAAACAGAACCAGUACCAAUUAUAUUUCCCGAUACUGAUGAUUCACUAAAGUCGAGUGUAAUCCACAAACAACCACAAAGUCUAGCUCCAUCAUCGUCAGAAGCGUUUGUUAUUGAUCCUCAGUUACAUGAACAACAACCAUUAGUACAACAAACCGAAAAACUGAUCAGACAACAAAGUCAAACUACGACAAUAGCAACAAUUCAUAGUGAUUCAAACCAAGAUGUUCCGUUAAUUGCUGUUGCCAUGAUAUCAGUAGAGAAAGAAACUAUGAGAUUUGUGGAAUCCGUAAAAUGCGAAGGAAAAGUCGAAGAUUGGAUGUCUGCCAUAUCGACUGAAAUGAAACGAUCGAAUAGAUGGAUUACUAAAGAGUCAACAUUUUAUUAUAGAUUUAAACGGUCUAGAUUGCAAUGGAUGAAAGUGUAUAUAGGUAUGGUUGUUUUGGCUGUCAAUCAGUUAUGGUGGACGUGGGAAGUCGAAGAUCAAUUCAAUAAAAUGGUAACACAACAGCAACGGUCCCCAAUGAAAACAUAUUUUCAACAAUUACAUACACAAAUAGAAGAAAUUGUUCUUGAAAUGAGACAAAUGUUGAUACCAAAUGAUUAUAGAAAAUUUGAAGCAGUGUUAACCAUUGAUGUUCAUGCAAGAGACAGCGUAGAAAUUUUGAUAAGAGAUGGUAUUACAGAGCCACAUGAAUUUGCAUGGCAAUGCCAGUUACGAUACUAUUGGCUUCAAAAAGAAGAUAAUCUCGUUUUAAGACAAUGUACUGGACAAUUUGAUUACGGUUAUGAAUAUUUUGGUCUUAAUGGACGUCUUGUUAUUACGCCGUUAACUGAUCGAAUCUAUUUAACGUUAACGCAGGCAUUAUCAAUGUUUUUGGGAGGAGCACCUGCAGGCCCUGCUGGUACAGGAAAAACGGAAACAGUUAAAGAUUUGGCUAAAGCAAUGGGUUUACUAUGUAUUGUAACAAAUUGUGGUGAAGGUAUGGACUACAAAACAAUUGGAAAAAAUUUAAAUGGCCUAUGUCAAAGUGGUUCAUGGGGUUGUUUCGAUGAAUUUAAUCGUAUCGAUGCCUCUGUACUAUCGGUUAUAUCAACUCAAAUAAAAACAAUUCAACAAGCAUUAAUGAUGAAAUUUGAACGAUUUAUGUUUGAAGAAACAGAAAUAAAAUUAGAUAGACGUGUUGGAAUAUUGUGA